UGAGCCUCCCUCUUGCAGUCCAGUCUUUCCAACUUGAGGUAUUACUUUUUUAGUUCUCUAAGUUAGAGGAAGGCAUGUCCUGCUUUGAGGAAACAUUCAAGAAAGGGUUUUGUAAUUUUAGAGCAACUGUUGGUUGUUAAAACAGGUAUAUUAACAAACAAUGCUUCUUUCAAAUAUCAAAAGCUUUCUUUUAUCAACAUGUUUACUUUCAUGUCCUAGGCUAGGUCAAUUUAGUAGUGUCCGCUGAAAGAGAACAGUUGGUCAUUUUGUCUUACACGAGAAUCUUACUGGCAAUUGCUGUCUUUUCACACAGCUUCCUGGCUGAGGCCUGACUCUUACAGCAUGUUGUAUUUCUCAAUAAAAUGUCAAACCAUUACACACAGUUUUACUAGGUUUAUUUGGAAGGAUGAUAAUUAUGGGAUUAUGAUUAGUAUAUAAUUGGUUUUAUCUUUUAAAUUUUCUACUGUUACAGUUACUGAAUGCCUGACAAAAUAGGACUUUUUCAUAGAUUUUAACAUUGAAAGUAGUGCAGAAGGUGUUUUCAUGGAUUGUUCUAAAAACUGAAAGAUGAUUGUGUUAUGGGAUCAGAUAUCCGUCUGCCUGAGUGGUGGGCGUUUGUUUUCUUAUUCAGUAACAUCAGAAAAGAUUUUUAUAUGGACAAAUGCUAAACUGUUUCUUGUUUUUUUGAGAGUCUUUUUUUUUUUUUUCCAAGAAGGGUCUCAAUAUUAAACAGAAAGGUAAUUGCAACAUUGUGCUAAAUUUGUAAUCCCAUACUAAUGCACAUGGAGAAGUAAAUGGUAACAUAUUAACAUAAGUGUUUGCAUUAUGAAACACAGAAGUAGAUUUAUUAUGCUCAAUUAAAAGUCUUAGUUAGGAAACUGGUAAAGGUGAAACUGUAUAGAGUUAUUAGUAAGGUUUCUCCUUGCCUCAUUAGUAAAUAGGUUCUCAUACCUGAGUAAAGGGUAAUGGAAACUUCUCUCACUGCUCAUAACAGUUCAACUUGAAAGUAACAGCAUUGUUUGAAGACUUGUGCUAUUGACAGAAAUUUUCUUUGGGCUGUAAUUGUGCAGUCUGAAGAUGUUCUGGUUCUUCCUUUCGCCAUGAUUGCAAGGAACUGCUAUUUAGACUGUUCUCAUUUUCACACAUUGAUUUUGACUGAAAUGAAUUGUCAUGCUCAUCUGAGCAGCUCAGAUGGCAGAGCUGAGGUCCUCUGUUAGAGAAUGUGUGAUGAACAGGUAGGGGCUAUAACCUUUACAUGACUGAGCUUCAGUCAGAACGUAGUGAGCAUGCACAGCCUAGGUGCAUAUGUGUUUGCUCCUUGCAUUUUUAGUAUACUGUAACUGCUCUUCAGAACCUGCAUUGUUGGCAUGGUAUUAAAAAAUACCUGCAGCCAAUUUGCUUUAGGGCUGCCAACAUCACUGGUUUGUGACAGGAUUACCUGAUAGUGAGAAGCCAGGAGAGAAGUGUGGGUCACGUCCUUAGUUUAGACAGGGCUAAUGUGUAAGUGAUUUCUUAGAGAAGAACCUGCAUUGCUUCCCUUAUUUUUAAGCUUUUGAGACUGAAAGAUUUGCAAGCCCCUAAGAAAUGCAUUUUCUAAAGUAAUUCUCAUUAGAUUUUUGCACUUUCCAUAUAUGCACAAUUUUUUUCAUUUACCUUUUAGCAUCAGACUACGCUGUGGUGUUCCAUAACCUUUGUGUUCUGUUCUGCUCUCCUGGGAAGCAGCUGAUUAUUUUAUAUGGCCUAAAUUCUCUUUAAAGUCAGAAAGCAGAGCAAGGGACUGAAGAAUCAUAAAACUUGAAAACAGGAUGCAGCUGAUGAAAGAAAAAAGGAAACGCUCAAGUGAUGAAGCUUCAGGUAUAGCUGCAGUGGAAGAAGAGUCUUUUACAGAUUUGACAAAAACUGAACUAUCGUCGUUGAAAGCUAACAGAACAAAGAUAAGAUACGCCAAUACGUACAGACUGGAGUCAUAUAAUAAAUUUCAGGAUUAUAUCGUAAGAAACAAAGCUCAAGAGAUACUAACGAAUAAACUUCAAGAAACCAAAUAUGAUGGAGUUUCUAGUCCCUCCUUGUGUGCUUCAAUCUCCGAAGAAAUAUUAAUGGCUAUUAAGGAAUUGGGCUAUGACCGUUACAAGUACGUCGUAUCAGUACUAAUUGUGGAAAAGGCAGGCCAGGCAAUAAAUGUUGCCAGCAGAUGGGUGUGGGAUGUUCAAAGAGACACCUGGGUUUCAGCUAAAUGUGAAACUGAAACCUUUAUUGCACUGGCUUUGGUAAUGGCUUGUUAUUAUGAGUAGUGCCCUAAAAGCCACACCUGUUUUUGAGCAUCACAGUACUUGGUAUAUUUGAAAAAGUUCCAAACAUCACUAUUUUAGCACUGAAUUUUUAGCCCAACACCACUGGUACAUUGAAAAGGAUGCAUUUCAGCUAAUUUUACCUUUCUUCUCUUUGAAAAAACUUGUGAAAUAUGUAUGGUUGAGUACAUAUGGGCCUCAUCUGUCAUAACUCUCUGUUUUGGAAGUUAAAGGAAGUGUUGUAAAGAUAAACUUCACGAAAUUUUCAAUGUGACUUUCUAGUGCAUGCCUGGACGUGCCAAGAAAUGUAUUUACAAUAAAUUGAAAGCAUCAAUUUU